CUCAUUCCUACAAAAACACCCAUACUUUCUAGUCUCAAGUACAUACGCGAACAUGUCUCUGCGCAUGUACGUCAAAGCCGCGUCGUGCACCCGAAUACCGUUCGCACCGGUAGCCCACCAUCAACAUAUGCGAGCCGCGGCAGUCGGCAUAGCAGCUGCCGUUUCGGCUGCCUGGGGUAUUCGGGGUCGCUCCGGCCUCUCGACUGGGGCCCAGGUAGAUCGAGCCUUCUACUCGACCAAGAAGUGCGUGCUCGUCGAGGAAAACAUGCCGCCGAACUGGAGGGAAAAGUUGAGGGAGUUCGAAGCCAAUUUGGAUAGGCCAGAGCUUGAGAGACGCUUAGAGGCUCUCCAGCAGCCGUCUCAUCUCGAGGGAGUCGAGAGGGCGCUUGAUAGUGCGCAACUCAGACCGGGCGCAUCGUGGGGACUCGCCGUCUACCGCACGGAUUAUAAAGACGAUGCCAAGUGGCAGGAGAUGUGCGCGCGCCUAGAGAUGGAUGUGCGCGAGUCCUCCGAGUAUUAUGUUGACAAUGGCAUCUUUGACCGCCAUCGAUUCGUCUUCAUGGACGACAAGGCACGGUUCGAUGGAGCCUCUCCUGCUCAGGUUCGAGUUCAUUUUGAGCAAUGGGCCAAGGAAGAACUAGCGCGGGACUGGGCCGUGCAGCCGGUGACGGAGGACAUGCACCAAACGAUGUAUGGACCACCCGAUAAGCCCAAUCACGGCGCCAUCACCAGUGUCGGCACGCGGUACAACGUUUGCAUGGUGAUCGACGAUGUGUGCCUACAAUCUUUGGAUCGGGCCGGGGGUCUUGCGGCUGCGUUCGUCAUGCUGGUCAAUAGGGAUUCCAGCCUCUCCCGUGAGGCAACGGAAGAGUACGAACACCCUGACUAUACGGAGGGAUGGAUGUAUGACCACAAUGAGGGCCCGGGCGGGUGGAUCUACAUCAGCAUGUGGGACUACGUCGACACGUACAACGCCUUGAGUGAAUCCGAUGAAUGGGUAGAAAGAUUCAUGUGGCCUUCUAUGGUUUACGGCACCAUGGGUCUGGGCCUUGAGAGGUCGCCGGCAUUCUGGAGGCAAGAGACUCUUACCAAAGAGGGAACUGCUGAGAAAAAGUGAUGGAGACGGUGUGUAGGCGUUUAAAGCUCUGAGAUAUGGGAGGGCCCGUUUCUCUGGGCUACCUGUUACCACAUUCUCUCAUCUUAUCGUCGAUGCAAAAGUCAAUCCGAGUUGGC